AUGAGUAAUCCUCCUCAAAUUCUUAUUGAACCGAUUGUUACAGAAAAGGAUAUAUCAGAAUUCAAUGAAAACCCGGAAGACACUAAAUCAUUAACUGUACCAUUUUCCAAAUUUCUGAUUGAUGUUGGUAGUGAUGAAGACGGUAACGUCAAUGAUAAUGGGGAGAAUAACAAAUGCCUCAAUUUGAAUUUGUAUCAAAAUCAUGUCAGUAGCACAGAUGAUUCAGUCUGCUUUGGACAGUCUGUAAUUGGGAAAAUAUUAAUCUCAUCAGUAAAUAGAAAUACUUCAGGCAACGACCAACAAAUAGUAUGGGUACAAAUUUAUCAUAAAUCUAGUUCACUUUCAUCAAAAUUAAAUUCACAAAAUGUAGACAUCCCAUCAUUCGUUGUUUUAUUGAAGUCAAAAACAGAUCCACAAAACUCGGAAUACAUUCCUGACUACUGUUCUCCCCCUUACCUGCGUCUCAAUUUAAGGCACAUACUAUCACGUGAAGUUGAUGAACGGCGCUUCCAAAUUCAUACAAGAUGUGGAGAAGGUAUAACUCUACAUGCGGAAAUAGCUGAUGAGCAUUCUGUACACUUCUGGCUGUCCAUUUUUAACCAAAACGCAUUAUGCACAAACCAUUUCGAGCCUUUACGUUCGAAAGAAAUGAAACCUCAUUCAGCUCCGAAUUCACCGAGACGUACAAGACGAGGUAUUAAUUCAGCAGUGAAUAGUAGCAGUUAUGCUACGGAUGAAAAUAAAAGUAAUCUAAACACAAAGGUCGGAAAUUCAAUUUCACGUGUAUGUGUAUUUGAAACAUUGAGUGAAGCACAAGAAAUUGAAAAUGAGGUGUGA